GUAAACUGUACGAGCGCUUGAAGAACAAAGUGACAUGUACUGGUAAUCCUAUGGACAAGAUACGAAUACGUAACACUGAGGAUUCGUGAUUGGGAUGAUAACUAUGCUUGCUUGCUUCAUGCAUCAUAGGCCGGAGGAGAUUGAUGAUCUGACUUGUUGCGGAUUUGUAGCAGCUGAAAAAUGUCCUUUGCACCGAGGACCUCACUAACCUCGGCCAAGAUGACCUCACUAACCUCGGCCAAGAUGACCUCACGAACCUCGGCCAAGAUGCAGACCAAAAUGAGUGCCUGGACACCUCUUAACCACCAGCUGUCUAAUAACAAUGUAAAGGUGUUUGAAGAGCGAAGAAACCUGCUGGGAAAAUGGUUUGACAAGUGGAGCGACGGCCAGAGGAAGGCGGUUCUACAGGACUUUUUCUCGCGGUGUUCAGUGGGCCAGCUGCGUUUCCUCCGUCAGAACCUGACCAAGAGGGUUCCAGAAGAGAACCUAGACUUCACCUCUGUCCUGCCCAGAGUUCUCUCUCUCUAUGUCUUCUCUUUCCUCGACCCCAGGAGUCUUUGCAGGUGUGCACAGGUGAGUUGGCACUGGAAGGGUAUAGUUGAGUUGGACCAGCAAUGGAUGCCCAAGUGUCUUAAACUGGGCUGGUGCAUCAACUUUGCUCCCACACCAUUUGAACAUGGGGUCUGGAAGAGACACUACAUAGAGACCGUACUGGAGCUCCACAUCGGCAAACCUAAGACUCUAUCACAGCAGGAGUUCAUUGUCCCCGAGGUGAUGUCCAUAAACAGUGUGACAUUUGACCAAUCAGAGAGCUUCCUCAGAGAGGUGCGAUCCGCACGCCCCGUCCAGCAAGAGAGGAGCGGUGGCGGCACCACGAGGUGGUCAUCAGGGUCCCAGCUGAAGGGGCUACCCCCGUGGAGGGGUGCAGACAGACACCCCACUGACACCGUGCGAUUCAAUUAUCUGGAAAAUCUGGACCCCAUAGAGCACGCCCACCAAGCAAAAGUGAAGAGCAGAGGGUUCUUCAACACGUACAAUGAAAAUAAGAAAGAGUUGUCUGCAUUCAAUUAUAAACUGCGCAAGGCAAAGUCAUUGAUGUUCCUGUCCUUGGACCUGACUCCAGGUUCGGGUUCUGGAGCAGGACAGCAGAAGCAGAACCGGUUCCGCCCCCAAUGGGCCACACAGAGCCUAGAGUACCCUGUCACCAAGUCAACAGCCAAGAGCCUGUCGCGGUCGAGCCAAUGGAACGCUGGGAUACGACCUGGUCCUGUGAGGCCAGCGGUGCCCAGGCUCAGUCAGGAAGGACUGAGAGCAUCAAAUGAGGACAAACAGGAGUACUCCUAGUUAGAAACAUCUUUCCCUCCCUUCCUUCCUCCUUGUCUUCUUUCCUACUUUCCUUAAAUCUGUCCAUCGCACAGGACACACAGGACCACGCCUAGUAAGACAAUAGAUGACCAAUCCUUUCGAUGUACAUUCUUGUUUGAACUAACAGAAUGAGCUCUCCAUCAAAAAGGAAACUUGUGUCCAAGCAAACACGUGACAUUACAUUCUUACUCAAUGAAUGCUUUCUUUCACUGCGUGAAUGUUCUGUAUCAUGUAUGAUGUAUAAUUGACUUACAUGGUUUGAGGUUUCAGCAGCACCACUGUUUGAGGGACAUCCUUGGAGGAUACAAGCUUCCAGUGGGGGAUCAGACGAGUGAACUAUAUCGCCACCCUGUGGAGCACGUUAGUACUGUAGCACAAACAGAACGCAGCAGCGGUGCUCAACUGGAGUCUGACCAAUGUUCCCUCUAGUUUUUUGUUUUGUUUUGGGGGGGGGGGCUGAGGCUGUACCCAUACGGGUUUUAGACAAUGGCCCAAAUAGGUGACUGAAAAUUGCCUUGGGUUGCAUGAUGCAAGAAACCCCUUUACAAAUGAAAAUUAAUUAUUACCAUACAGAGAAUUAGACAAUGUACGCUACCCCUCUGCCUAUUGGCUUAUUUGCAUAUUCAAGCCUGUCUCAAAAUACAACUCUGCUCCUUUAAGACAAGCUUUUUACCGGACUGACUUUUCAAAGACAUGUUGAAAUGUAGCCUACACGUUUUGUGCUCUUGUAGGAAGCUGGAACUCCCCAUUGCUGACCUAUACUUAUCUAUAACUGAGCUAAUAACGCGCUAACUAGCAAAGAAUAUCAAGAAGUGUGCACACGGGCGGCUCAGAUCUGAAAAGCGCAUUCACUCUACUCCAUGCACUCUGGCUACAACAAAAUCAGACUCAAUCUUGUAAAAUGAGGUUUGUUGCAUUGAAAAGGGGCUGAUAUGUUGAUUCGAUCACAAAAAAAAAAACGUUGAUCUAUACAUUGCAAACUAAUUGGGCGAACUCAGUGAAGUUCAAUCUCAUGCAUUUCUUCUGCGCGGCAGUCCUGGAGGAAAUGCGCGCAGUUUAGAAGGAACAUUGGUCGAGUGGUUAGAAAUCUGUCGCGGGUGUCUGACUAAAUAAAAUGGUUGUUUUGGGGUGAUGAAUAAAAGACUCCAGUCUGCACUUAAACUACGAAAGCCAGGUAAAGGUUGUAGAAAUCAUUUAAACAAAUGUAUCUCAAUAUCGAGCUAUUCAGCAGAUUUGGUUGAUUUUGUAGUCUCAAACCAGUUAGCAUACACACGUUUAUCAAUCACGGGUCAAAUUAGUAUUGACAAUAGAACAUGUGGGAACGUUGUUACCUUGUCAUAUACAUUGCUACAUCAAUAUAGCGUUACAAAUACUUCUCCAGGUGGCUUUUUUUAGUUCUAAUAUUGGGUUGCGACCGAGACAACGGGUACCAAUUUGGGUCCGGAGGCAAAAGCAGUUGAGAAGCACUGGUAUACAAUACAGAGGACGUACAGUACUGAUAACAGUACUAUACAUGCUGAAGUAGUGACAAUCAGAAGAGAAGCCGUUCAACCAAACAGUACUGGGAAGAUGGAACUGAGAAGUGUACUCUUGAUUUUACAUCAAAUCAUGACGUACAUUUCCACUAAGUUGAAUUAUGACAAGAACACAAUCAUUUCAUGUUUGGUAUGGAACAAUGUCAAUAAAAUAUUCAUGACAACAAACCCA